AGAAGCUUUGGACUCAUGCUGCAUAUCUGUGUUAUCUCCUGCCGGAGAAUCUCACCUUCGCCGAAGGGGCGAUGGUUGAGCCAUUGUCGGUGGCGUUGCAUUCCGUCAGGAAGGCCAAGCUCGAAGCGGGCCAUUCUGUCUUUAUUACGGGAGCAGGCGCAAUUGGGUUGCUUUGUGCUCGCGUCGCUAGGAUAUCAGGAGCUGCAACAAUCACCAUGGUAGAUGUCGACGAAGCACGGCUCGAUUUCGCAAAGAAGCACGGGAUCGCCGACAAGACUUACACAAUUCCGAUGGACAGAAAAGAAGGUGAGACAGGCCCGGAGUUCUCGGCGAGAAUGAGUACGGAGAUUCAGGAUCUUCUCAAGAUACCUCAGGCUAAUGUCGCAUUCGAUUGCACUGGCAUUGAGUCUUGCUUGAAUAUUUGCAUUGCGAUGGCAGGUCCAGGCUCAAGAGUUGUGAUCGUUGGUAUGGGCAGACCGGUGCAAGAGGUCAAUAUUGCCCUUGCUUUGAUUCGUGAGAUCGAGAUCGUCGGUGUUUGGAGAUAUGCAAAUACGUUCCAGCCCGCGAUCCACUUGAUAGAGGCUGGGAUGGUGGAUGUCAAGUCUCUCGUCACACACCAAUUUGAGAUAGAGGAUGUCGCGAGUGCCCUGGAGUUUGCUCUGCAGAGACCAGCAGAUUUAGUGAAGUGUGUGAUAACGUCGAGUUGAUGUAUCAGAACAGUGUCGAGGACCGUUAGAUUGGAGAUUGCAGUCAAUUGGAGAAAUCUUGAC